GCGAGCAAGCCAAGGGAAAAACGUCCGAGUCCCGUAGUCGAAUUAGUUUUGAGGCAGUAGUUAAGCCCGCGAAUUAUUUCGACGUUUUUCUUUUAAUUAUAUGUUAAUGCAUUGACUAAUACGUCUGCAAAAGUUUAAAAGCUUGUUUCCUAGCGACCGCAUAAUGGAGGAGGAGGCGGACCCCAACCUGAUCAUGGAGUGUGAGGAAGAGGAGCUGGAGCCCUGGCAACAGGUCAACGGCGACGUCCAGGAAGAGGAAGUGGCCGUCGCCAUGGAGACCGAAACCACUGCAGAUUCCUGUGCUGCAGUGGCUGCUGUGCCCGGCUCCCUGGCUGUAGCACUCGCUGCUGGGCCUAUCGCAGCGCUGCCUGAACCCGUUUCCACGGCAGCGGGGGCGGCGGUCACCAGCGGCAGCCCAAUCCGGGAAGGCGAGGAGGCCUCCGCAGACACGCCCUCGUCCCCUCCCGCCCUGCCCCUGACUGCAAUAGAGGCCAUGCGAACGCUGGUGAGCCCUGCCGCGCCCCAGCCCAAACCGGCCCAGCAGCUCGUCCUGACGCAGAGCCCCUCCCCCCCGGGCGCCGUGCCCCUGUCCCAGGUGCUGCACACGCAACCUGGGGCACCUGGCAACCUCGUCGGCCAGCCCAUCCUCAUCGCCACACAGGUCCAGACAGCUGUCGCCGGGCAGAACACACUCAACCCUGUGGGGUUCCUGCUGAACGGACAGGCUUUCACCUUUCUGACCGCUGCCGGCACACAGCUGUUCAAGCCAGUGAUUGCUCAGGCUCUUUCCCAGCCCACCAAUCACCAGCUGACAACCAUAGAGGCCCAUCAACAGCCAGCAACCAUGGCAACCAAUCAGCAGCCAGUGACUGUGGUGGUCAGUCAGCAGCCUUCCACUGCGGCAACCAAUCAGCUGCCAGCAACCAUGGUUGCAGAUCAACAGUCGGAAACCACAGAGGCCAAUACGCAGCUGGCAACCAUGGUGGCCAAUCAGCAGCCAGUGACCGUGGAGACCAGUGAGGAGACGGUGGCCACAAUGACCAAUCAGCACCUUAAGAGCUUCACCGUGCAGAUCCCUGCCACACACACCAUCCGAGGCUCCGCCCCCCUCAGUGCAGCAGAGCCCUCCUCCAGCAGAGCCAUCCCUGGAACCCUGCAGACACCCGUCAAGAAGCGGAUUCAGGCAGUGAAUGAAGCCAGCCCCUCCGUGACUGCUCCAGUGAACUCCCCGAAGGUCUCCACGCCCACCACUGGCCCUCGGACCAAGGUCAAAGUGCUCCUGCCCAGGCCUGCGGCGGGGAGCAAGAUGUGUCCGCAGUGCGGGGCGCAGUACCGCGUGGUGGAAACUCUGCGCGGCCUCCUGUGUCUGUGUUCCCCUGAGAUCACGCGGGGCCUGCAGGUCAUUGGCGCAGCGGGAGCCUCUAACCUCUCCCCCGCCGCGUCCAAAGCCCCCGCCCCGCAGGCGGGCGCUCAGAAACCGGCGGCGCCCAGGCUGGCCGCCACGGCCUGCGUGUCUCUGUCCCCGUCCCGGGCCCCCUCCUCCGGCCCGGACGCCCCCGACGCGGGCCCCCCCGACGCGGGCCCCCCGGGGAAGCUCAUCAUGCUGGUGGACGACUUCUACUACGGCCGGGCCGAGGGCUGCGCCGCGCCCGAACGAGGGGACUCCGGCCAGCAGGGGGCGCUGCAGUUCCGCUGCCUGCGCUGCGACAAGAAGCUCAAGAGCAACGUCAGGCUGAUGAAUCACCUGAGACACCACGUGGAGCUGGAGCAGCAGAGUGGGGAGGUGGACACACACUCCAGCUGCCAGCACUGCUACCGCCAUUUCCCCACACCCUUCCGCCUGCAGUGCCACCUGGAGACCGUGCACAGCCAGUACGAGUCUACGACGAAGUGUAAGAUCUGCGAGUGGGCGUUUGAGAGCGAGCCCGUGUUUCUGCAGCACAUGAAGAACACCCACAGCGCCGGGGAGAUGCCCUACGUCUGCCAGGUGUGUGACUUCCGCUCCUCCAUGUACUCGGACGUGUUCAGCCACUUCCGCACCUGCCACAAAGACACAGCCAGCCUGCUCUGCCCCUACUGCCUGAAGGUGUUCAAGAACAACAGCAACUACCAGCACCACUACCACCGCCACCAGAGGAAGUCGGUGCUUCACUGUGAUAAGUGCCGGCUGCAGUUCCUCUCCAGCAGGGACAAGCUGGAGCACAAGCUCGGCCAGCACAAGUCCUUCCGCAAGCCCCGGCAGCUGAACGGCCUGAAGGCUGGCACCAAGGUCACGAUCCGUGCCUACGCGGUGGAGCAGAGGACUGUGGGGAUCGUGAAGAUGAGCCAGCCCCGGGCGACGGCGGCGAAGCCCGAACCCACCGACCGGCCACUGAGCGGCCUGGCCACGCCCUCCCCCGCCAAGAGGCAGCCAAUCGGCAAGAGGAAGCCCAUGUGCAGCAUGCAGGACCUGCUGACCAAGUUCCAGGAGGAACGAGCCGCCAUGGGGAAGCAGAGCUGUCUGGAGUGCACCUUCGACGUCCCAGACUUCCCCAGCCACUUCCCCACCUACGUCAACUGCACCCUGUGCCACUACUGCACCUGCUGCUCCCGCGCCUACGCCAACCACAUGAUCAACAACCACGUGUCCCGCAAGACCAGCACCAAAUACCUGGCCUUGUACAAGGCUGGCCCCAGGUGGUCUGAGCUCACCUGCACGGGCUGCAGCUUCACCACCCAGGUGGGCGACCAGAUGGCCAGACACCUGGCCAAGAACCCGGACCACGGCUCCAGCUACUGCAUGCUGAGAGGACCUCCAGCACAAGGACAGAGAGCCCAGAGCCGUGGCAACACUGCAGCGAUGGCCGUGUUGGGUCCUGAUGUGGGCCAGGCCGUCCGGGCCCUGCCCGUGUCCUCCCGCGUGCUCCCCCUCCCCGUCCCGACGACCUCCGCCCAGGAGGGGCGUGACCAGGGGGCAGGCUCGAGCCCGGAGGGCGGGGCAGGCGCGGGGGCGGGGACGCCGGUAACCGAGGGCGACGCGCGGCCCCGGGGGGCCACACGGCUGCGGAUCCUGCUGUUCGCGCUCUGCUGUGGGGUCCCCCGCGCCGCCCAGCGGUUCCACUCCUCGCCCGAGGCCAUCUGGACCUGGCUGCUGGAGCGGGAGAGGGGCCUGGAGCGGGAGAGGGGCCUGGAGCCCGGGGGCGGGGCUGAGCCGGGGGGCGGGGCUGAGCCCGGGGGCGGGGCGGAGCCCGGGAUCCGAGCCCCGGAGGCGGAGCGGCUGGUGCGCUGGGUCCUGUGCCGGCGUGAGCAGCACCUGCCCGUCCACGAGAAGAACCUCCUGGCCCGCGCGGUGGACCUGCUCCGGCGCCGCGGCGACGGCCGGCCCGUCAGAGUGUCCCACGCCUGGAUGGUGGACUUCCUGCUCGGCUGGCGGCUGGGCGUCCAGGCCACGGACACGGUGGGCCGGCCCCUCCCCGCCUCCCUGGAGCAGGCGGCCGGCGCCUUCCUGCAGUCGGUCCGGGGCGCGGCGGCCGCCCUGCCCCUGGCCUCCGUGGGCGCGCUGGACGAGCUGUCGGUCUACGUGAACUUUGACCUCCUGGCCAGCCCGGGGGCCUCGCGGGACCGCCAGCAGUUCGCCUUCCACCUGGCGGGCACCGGCGGCCAGCUCUGCGACGUCUUCCUGGCGGCCACGGCGGACGGGGCCCUGCUGCCCGCGCUGGUGUUCCCGCGGCUGCCCCUGACCGCCGACGGGCUCCGCCUCCCCCGCGGCGUGCUGCUGGAGGGCGGGGCCGCCCCGCGGGGCCACACGGUCCCCGAGCAGCUGGCCCUGUGGGCGUCCCGCGUGUGGGCGCCCGCCGCCCGCCCCGGCCCCGCCCUGCUGCUGACGGACAGUUUCCAUGGACACGCGCGGCCGGACUUCCGCGAGGCGCUGCGGGCGGCGGGCACGGCGGGAGCUCUGGUGCCGGCGGGCUGCGGGGCCCGGCUGCAGCCGCUGGAGGUGUGCGCGGGCCCCGGGCUCCGCCGCUUCCUGGAGGCGCGCUGGAGCCGGCUGGUGGCGGAGGGAGGCGCGCAGGCCCCGCUCACGCCCCCCGGGAUGAUGCAGCUGCUGCUGGACUGGCUGGGGGAGGCGCUGGAGGUGCUGGCGGGUCGGCCCGAGGUUCUGCGCCGCUCCUUCCGCUGCAGCGGCCUGGUCCCGCCCGCGCCGGGCGACGCCGCCCCCGCCCCCAUGCAGCGGGAGCUGGUGCGCCUCCUCACCACGGCCCUCAUGGGGCCCGGGGUGACCGGCCCCGCGGCGCUGGGGCCCGAGGGGGGGGAGGGGGCCCCGGGCGGGGCGGGCGGCCUCCAGGCGCCCGGCGAGAGUUCCGCCCCCUCCCCCCGCCGGCCCCCGGCCCCCACCGGCCCCCAGGCGCUCCGCAGCAUCUUCGAGAAGGACAGCGACGCCGAGUCCUUCCUCGGGUUCGACGAGUCGGAGAUCUCCACCGCGCUGGGGCCGUAG